AAAUCAAAAGCAGACUUUCCUAUCUCCUUCCUUUCCUUGAAAUUAAAAUGGCACACCAGUUUCAAACACUUAUUAAAAUAUAUACCAAAAACCAGACCCAUAAAUCUUGACCAUCUCUGUUCUCUCUCUCUGUUUCACCACAAUCCAUGAACCAAUCUUAUUCUUUAACCAUCUUCUUCUUCUUCUUCUUCAUCUUUGUUCUUGCUUGUGCUGAUGAAGAUCAAGACUUCCUAGACUGCAAUGUUCCUUUCAAUUGUGGAAAAUUGGUGAACAUCAGUUAUCCUUUCUGGGGCAAUGAUCGACCUAAAAUGUGUGGUCACCACCUGUUUGGGCUCGAAUGUUCUGAGAAUACAACUACCACUAUGUUCAUCAACCAGCAUGAAUACCAGGUGGAAGAUAUAAAUUCUUCUUCUCAUACAAUCAAAAUAUCCAGACCCAGAGAGGGAUGUCCUCCAACAAUCGGGAGCGAAACUUUGGGUUAUUCAUUGAAUCUCUCUUCCACUGUGAAGUACUUAAUCCUGUUUUACAACUGCACCACCAACCCUUUUCUCUUUCCUGAAUCAAGCUAUAAUUUCUCAUGCCCUGUCGAUGGAACAGAGAAGGACGUGUUUUACGCUGGUAGGUAUGGUGAAGCUGAAUUGAAGGAUACAGCUUGUAAUGGAGAAGUUGAAGUUCCAGUUGAAGACGAGGUUCUUGGUGAACUCUAUGACAAUGGAGAUGGAAACCUUAGUGUGGCUUUGAAGAAGCCUUUCGGUCUGAAUUACUUUACUUAUAGAGUAUGUGAUCCUUGUGUGGCAUCUGGUGGAAAUUGUGGUACCAACUUGAGUUCUCCGACGCCUGGAACGCAGUUCAUCUGCUACUGUCAUGACGGACAUCAUCAGCCUUUUAAGUGUGCUGAUGACAAGGAUCAAUGGAAAUUGAAGCUGAAGAUCGGUAUAGUGAGAGAUCAUGGUAAUGAAGAUAAAUUCAUGCAUGCACUCAUGCCUCACAAAGAAUUGGUGCCAGUUUUGGAACCGUAA